AUGACCCAAGGCGACAAUGACAGUGAGCUUUUAAUUAUUCUGUUAAAAUUGUAGAAUUGGAAAUUCAAUCCUUUACUGUAGGCUAUAAACUACUGAAUUGCGUUAGAAAUCGAAAAUGUGAUUCAAUAAAUUUCCAACAAUGAUGAUUUUGAAGUUAAUUCAAGCUUCCAAGUUUCUUCUGUGAUACAGUAUCUAUCUGUUGUGAAAAAAAUGUUUCAUGACCGGGUUUCGAGACUUCGUUUGUGAACUUUUAAGAGAAAUAAAAAAUUUCGCUUUGCGCUCUAUUUCCAAGUCGUUGGUGCAAUACUCUCCUAAUUUUUUUUUUUUGGAUUCUGUUGUGAAAUUUGCAGAAAAUGACUCUCUUUAUCUAAUUUCAAAAAAUAAUCGGUAUUUUUAUAAUUCAAUAUUAGUGCUGGAUCAAUGUUUGAAAGAAAUCGUUAACUCUUGAAAAAAACAUCGUUUUUUUGUCAUUUUUUUCUAUUUUUUUGAAGUGAAAAAGCUUUUUGAGAAGCAAAAACUUUCAAAAUACAAGAAGAGUUUUUUUUUUGGAGAAAUGGAAUCAUAAGUUCAGAAAUCCUUGAAAAAACACCAUGCGCAAGUAGUUUCUGGUCCGACGCAUCAAAUAAUAAAUUUUUCAGUGGCGUUUCAUCGGAUUCUCGUUUUUGAGCCAUUUUACGUGAUAGUAAACUUUUCAAACGUUUUUAAUUUGCAGCAAAUCAAAAAGAAAACUUAAGGUUUGAUGCAAGCCGUUUUUUCGGCAGUUUCUUUGCCGCAAGUGGACGGAUCCACGGAACAUCAUCACGAAAGUCAUACGGUAACCAUCGGCUCGGGAGUUCAUGUGGUACGAUUUCUUAUCAAAAUAUUCACAAUAUCAAAUGCGCUUUCAGGAAGAACACACAGAAUCGCAUCGCGUCGAGAGCCAUUCUGUAAGUUGCUCCGAUCUCAUUUUUUUCUAAUCAGAGCUACUGACUGAUUUUUUAUUGUGCUUACGCAAAUUGGUUGCUUAUCAGCUCGGCCGAAAAUCAUUUUUUGCUCUCGUGGCCGGUCUUCUGACUUUAGGUGAUAAGAAAUUUGCGCGAAAAUACCAGAAAAAAAAAAGUUGAAUGUGAAGAAAUUGGAUUUUGCAGGGAAGCUUUGUUCGCCACCACGCCUUUGAGAAUGAUGACCUCAAGUCGGAGGUAUGUGAUUUGCAAACUGAAAUAACAGAAUCAAUGAAUUUUUUUGAAUUCAACAAAGAGUUUUUUUACAGAAAUAAAACAUUUUUUUGCACCGAGUAGGCCAGGAAGAUGGUUCGAAAAAAAUAAAGAAAAAGUCUUGAUGGAAUUUUUGAAAAAAAUGAAAAUCAUGAUGGAAUCCAUCUCAAAGAUAAUUAUGAAGAAAUUUGAAAAUAUUGAAAAAAAAAAUGAUGACAAUGGGUGGAGAGUUUUUUUAAGCGUCUUGAAAGAAAAAAAUUUCAAAAAAACUGUUCAGAAAGUAUUGAUACAUGAUUUUAUAUUUUAUAAAGUUGAUCCCAAUCGAAUAUCUUCAAACUUAAAAAAAAUUCUUCAAACUUAGAAUAAUCUUUCAGGUAUCUGGCCAUUCUCACGCCACCUCAGUUUCGGUAAACUCAAGUGUUUCUCAGCACCCGCCACAGGUAAAACUCAGAAAAUCUUAGAUUCCCUUGGAUUUUUCAAAGUUUUCAGACGUACGACUUCCCACCAGCGGAAGAAUUCCACGUCGGAUCGAUUAUUUCCUCUCACAAAGGGUAUUAGAAGGAAAAAAUUAUUACUUCUCAGAAGUAGUUUCCUUAGGUCGGACCACCACCAUCAUGAUCAUCACCAACACCAUGAUCACCACGACUCAUCUUCUUCUGAAGCCACGACGAUCACCAAGACUCAUGAGAAGCAUGGCGUCCAGGUGAGAAAAAAAAAAUACCCAAAAAGUUUUUUUAAUGAUCUGAAAAAUCGAUAAAUGCUCGAAAUCGAAAUAAAAAAGUCAUGAAAGGUUUUGAAAUGCCAUUUUUCUGAAAACCUACUGGGGAAGCUUUUAGUGGCCUCUUCGGGAAGUUUAAAAUUCAAUGGCCAUUGUAGCAAUUAAUUAGUAGCCACUCAAGUGGCGAAAAUGAUUAGCCUUUUUAGAAGUUUGAGUAGUACUAUAAAACGCAAAAUAAAACGAAAAAUAGCGGUUUUUAAAGAUGGUUCGUGGCCAGUUUAGUGUCCUCAUCAAAUAGUCUUUGAAAAUUUUGAAACAUCGUUUGCUCCUUUUACAGUUUGAGACUCAUUGGACAGUUUGUUUUAAACUUCAUAUCUUCGACCUUUUCUUCAUGAUUCUGAACUCAGUGCUAAUUUUUGAAAACAAGGUUCUGGUCGCGCGCAAAUAGGAGCUAUACCAUUGAUUUUUCAGCGCGAACUCCAGAGUUUAUAGUUUUCAAAGAACUUCUACGUUUUUUUGGUUUUGUCAGAUCGUUUUCACACUUUUUCAGAAGUAAUAGUUGGCCUAAAUAUUAUACAAUGAGAAAAGAACUUAUAGUAAACCUUCAAAAGUUUUCUCGAUGUUUCAUUAUUAAAAACUUCAGUCCUCUGAGCCAGCAACUCCAGUCGUUCCGGCCAAGACCCAGGAGCACGACGCUCUCAUCGAGCAGUUCAAAAGCCUCCAUGAAAGAGUGAGUCCUUUUUUCGCCCUUUUCUUCUCCAUAAACAAGCCGGCACAAAUGCUUUUCAAUCUCAUUGAUAAAAGGGUUAUGAUUCAGCAACGAUAACAAAAUACCCGCGGUUUAUUACCUUUACUCAAACAGCCCCCAUUCUUGGUUUUUUUUAGAUAUUUAUACGCAAAAACUGAUUUUUUUGUGAUUUAUUGAUUAGAUCAAUUCAAUAUGGUUUCUCAGGAACCUUCGAUCGCUUCAAGCGCUGUCGGUCAUCACCACCAUCAUCACCAUAUGGACAGUGACAGUGAAGAUUCGAUUGCUCCGGCUACUCUGACCAAAGCUGUCGGAUACGCCGUGAAGGUAUUGGAAAAUUCCUUUUUUUCUAGAUUUUUUUCUUGAAUUUUUCAUAAAACUACCCAAAAAGUUUUUCGCAAAAAGAAAAAGUCCAAUUAUUCUAUUUUUUUUUAUUUUUUCAAAAUCAUAGUGAAUGGUCGCCAACAAAUAAAAUAGCCUGAAGCGUUUUUUUGACUGUUCGAAUAAUAAUCGGCUUUUUUGCAUAUUCCAGUUUUUUCUCUGGUUUUUUUAUCUUUUUCCUAAUCAAGAUUCUUUUUGUAAAUUCAUGUGAAACAAAAAAAUUUUUUUGUAAAUAAUAGUUGUGAGUUCCUUCUUUUUAGAGAAUCCUGAAUUUUUGUAUUUGCGUCGAUUGAAAUAGGACCUUUUUAAAACUUGAACUUUCUUUAAUUCUCAAAAGCAUAGUUUUUCAAAAUAUUCCCGGUUUUUUUCUCCUACUUAAUCUUGAAUCCAUUUUUCAGGCCAACGAUGGUGCAGAGUACAUCAGGCUCUUCCGAACGCAGGACUUUGAGGAAAUCCCUCUUCACAGAUUUUUCGAAGAACCUGUUGUUCCGGAUCUCCCUCCUCCGAGCUUCAGCGUUAGUCUGACCUAAUUCCUGUCAAGAAUGUGAAAAAAUGGGUGAAGAUUGGAAAAAGCAAAAUGUAAUGAAACAAAUUUUUAAAUUUUCGUUUUUUGAACGGAAUUUCCUACUCGAAAAGUCUUGAAAAAAACAAAAUUCACCUUUUUAUCCACAAAAACCUUUUGAGCUUUAUACUCUUUAAGCUUAAGCUUGAUAUCGAGAAAAAAAACCACAUUAGAUAAAUUUUGUAAAAAUUAUUCCUGGACCAUAUAACGUGCAAAAGUUGAAAUUUGAGGUAUUUUUCAAUAUGAAUGAAACUCAAAAAGCGUCAGCAGGAAAAAAAAAAUGCAUGUUUCUCUUCUCAUUUGCCUUGAAUCGUCUCAAGACCUUUUUGUAACUUUUUCACUUCCCUCAAAAGGAAAAAAAUUUUUUUCGAAUAAACUCUAGUCUUAUCAGUUUCUUGCGUAGAAGCGUUUUUAUCAAAUGUCAGGAUCAAUUCUUGAAGUUUACAAGAGUUUUUUUUCAGGAAAUUCACGACAACAAAAGCGAGGAGUCCUUUGUUUUCGAGGAAGUCGAGUACGUCAAAGAGCAUCCGGAAUCGGUUAUCGGCGGACAUUCUACGACCACACCUCACACCCACGAAGUCGUCGUGGAGCAGCAGCAGCCAAGCGUCACCUAUGAGCCUUAUCACUCGGUCUACGCCAAUCACGACAUGCCAACCGUCAACUUUGGCGAGGAACACAACCACUCAACGGACCACUAUUCCCAUGUUGAAUCUCACACCUCCGUGGAAACUUACGAGCUGGUUCCUAACGCUGGGGGACCGAAAGUACGGGAGAACCUUCGUCCAGUUCAUAUUCGCGAAGAAGUCCGACAGGAGCCAAUUCAUCCUCAGCCACUUGCCUACGUCGCUCCGAUUCCAGUGAAGCCGCCAAGGACUCAGGAUCAUCUUUAUGAUCCUUACGCUACUACUGAGUCUCACCAUGAGGAACAUCAUCACCAUCAUCACCACCAUGAAGAGCAUAGAAGCUCGGAGGUGAUCAAGUCGACGACCGUUGUGCAGGAGGAGAUUUAUGCGGGCCCAGGUACUCAAACCGACCGCCAGUCCGUUGACGACUUUGAUGUUUUAGGCGUCCGCGCGCUUCGCUCCAUGUUUGACCAUGGAGCUCCGCCGCCUCUCAACCCGACGCUCGAGAUCAAGCCGCACAAGACGGCUCACAAACAUGUGGACUCCUCCUCCGAGAAUCUGCACGUGGUCGUCGACAAUCACCAGGUCAGCCGCUUCUCAUCCGUUCAGAAAAAAUCUCAAACUGAACGUCACUACGACACUCCUUAUGAAUCAAACACCGUAGUUUACAAUAUCCCGAAGAAAGAACACACCUAUGAUUCGCCUAACGUCAGCUAUCAUUACAAAGCUGACUCCUUGCUAACUUCUCCAUCGGUUCGCUACAUGGAUGACCAACAUCAUCAUUAUGUGCCUCAAUUUCAAAUUGUUGAAGACGUCCGACACAUUGAGCAUCGUCACCAUUACAUCGAACGAAGCAGAACUACCAGCGUCUCUGAUUUUGAAAGCCGAGCCCAACAUCAAUAUAAACCCGAGUUGCCAAGAAGAUUUGAUGAAUCUAGAGAAAUCGAGCGUCGCCAUGGCUACACGCCAACAUUGCCUCGUUCCAGAAGCGAAUCAAGAAUCGAAAGAAAUCAUUCUUAUAUUCCUCUGAGCAUGACAAUCGAGGAAGGCAGAAGUAUUGUUAGAGAGCAUAGCUACGUGCCGAAAAUAGGCCGCCAUCAUCAAGAAAGCAAAAGUGUGGAGACUCACCAUCCCUACCUGCCGGUCGUUCAGAAAACAGAAGAAAACAAGACUGUGGCUCGUGAACACCAUUAUCUUCCUGCUUCAACUCUUAAAAAAGAGGAUUUGCGACAAAUUCAACGCGAGCACAGGUACUUGCCGCCUUCUGGAACGCUCGUCACGUCUCCUGCAGUACAUGCUCAGCCCUCCCAUCAAUACCUUCCGUAUCUUCCAAAAAACGCAGAAGAAACAAAGACUAUCGAAAGGGAACAUCACUACUUGCCCAUUUGUCAAAAAAGCGACGAGGAAAAGCAGCAAAUCAGUCGAGAACAUCACUAUCUGCCAUUAGUGCAAAAGACUGAGGAAAUCAGUCAAGAUAAGGUUACACGAGAGCAUCAUUAUCUUCCAAUCGUUGAGAAAACUACUGACAGCACUCAAAUCGUCCGGGAACAUCACUACAUGCCGCUGACUCCCAAACGUGAAGAAGUGACGUCUCCAACUCUCGAAAGAGAGCAUCAAUACCUGCCUGUUUUGCCUUCAAAGGAGAAAAGUACCGAAGUCAGCCGUCAACACCAUUAUAUUCCUGCUGCUGUCCGCCAUGAAGAGCGAACAUUGACCAGCGUCGAAAGAGAGCAUCACUAUCUGCCUCUUGCUCCAAAAAAUGAAGAAAGCUCUCAAAAAAUCGUCCAUGACCACCACUAUUUGCCACUUGUUCCGAAGUCUGAAGAAAAUCGCCACGUCGAUCGGGAGCAUCACUACAUUCCUCUAAUUUCCAAUACUCAAGAAAGUUCGCAGAAAGUUUUUCAUGAGCAUAGCUACUUGCCUCUAGUUCCAAAAUCUUCUGAUGACCGUCAAGUCGAGCGAGACCAUCACUACGUCCCUCUGGCGCCGAAGACUGAGGAAAUUUCUCAAACUGUCGUCCAUGAGCACAGUUACUUGCCUCUGGUUCCAAAAUCUACUGAGGACCGUCAAGUCGAUCGAGACCAUCACUACGUCCCUCUGGCGCCGAAAACUGAGGAAGUUUCUCAAGCUAUCGUCCAUGAGCACAGUUACCUGCCCCUCGUUUCAAAAACUGAGGAAAACCGCCAAGUCCACCGCGAGCAUCACUACAUCCCUCUGGCUCCCAAACAAGAGGCCGAGAAACCCGAAUUGGAAGUGAAUCAUCAUUAUGCUCCUGCAAUUCCAAAAAACGCUCAAAAUGGGCAGAAGCUUAUCGAGAGAGAUCACCACUACUUGCCGAUAGUGCCGCGCACAGACGCAAAAAACGUCAUCGAACGUGAACAUCAUUACUUGCCGUUGGUGCCGAGAAAUCAAGAUAACAGACACAUUGACAGCGAACACCAUUAUCUACCGACGACGCCCAAAACCGAAGAGCAGCGGCAAAUUAUUCACGAACACGGCUACCUUCCAAUCGUUCCCAAGUCUGAAAAUCGACAGGAGAUGAGCCACGACCAUCAUUUCGUCCCUUUGGUUCCUCACAACGAAGAGCAUGUCUACGUCGAAAGAGAUCACCAUUAUCUUCCCUAUGUCCAGAAAACUGAAGAAAUUCGCGAAGUUUCUAGAGACCACACCUACGUUCCUCUAGUCGGCAAAACGGAAGAAGUUCGUCAAGUUACUAGAGACCAUGCCUAUAUUCCGGUGGUGCCAACUCAGAAAGAUGAGCGCUCAGUUCAACGUCGUCAUCAGUACGUUCCAGCAGUCCCUCGGCUUGACGACAGACCUCAGGUAGAUCGAUCUCAUAAAUACAUUCCUGUUGUUGUGAAAAACCGAGAUAUUCGCCAGGUCGACCGCGAACAUUCCUACAUCCCAGCCGUUCCAAAAGACGAUGACGUCAGAAAGAUUGAGCAUGAGCACGGCUACAUUCCAGUUGUCCUCAAGCGAGAAGAUGAACGAAAAAUUGAAGAAAAGCAUCUGUAUGUCCCAAAGAUCGUCCAAACCAAAGAUUCCAGAGCAGUUGAGCGGGAUCAUCUCUUUGUUCCUCAUGUUCCGAAAAACGAAGAGAAGCGAGAAAUUUUGAGAGAUCACGGAUUCAUUCCAGCUGCCCCGAAAAAGGAAGAUCAUCGGCACAUCGAAGAAAAGCAUGGCUUUGUGCCGGUUAUUCCUCAAGGCGAGGAUUCUCGGGAAAUCGAAAGAGGCCAUUCUUACGUUCCUGUUGUUUCUAAAACGGUCGAUACACGUGUUAUUGAGAGAAGUCACACUUACGUUCCCGGAUAUGUGAAAACCGAAGAGAAGAUGGAAAUUGACAGAUCUCACAACUACGCGCCGGCCAUUCCAAGAACUUCGGAUGAAAGAAAAAUAAGUCAUGAGCACAAGUUCGUACCGACUGUACCAAAAAAUGAAGAUCACAGAUGGAUAGAGCGAUCUCAUCAAUUUGUCCCCAAAGUUCCCCAAAUCAAAGACCAGCGCGAAAUCAGCAGAAGUCAUAAAUUCGUGCCUGCAAUUCCAAAGACAGAAGAUUCUCGCCAAAUUCAUCAUGAACAUCACUUCACACCAGCGAUUCCCAUUCAAAAUUCGAGCAGCCGGAAAAUUGAAGAGAAACAUCAGUUCACGCCAGCAGUGGUCAAGACAGAAGACGUGAGGAAAAUUCAACAUGACCAUAACUAUGUUCCCGUUGCCCACAAAAACGAAGAUCAUCGUCAGAUUGAACGCGACCACAAGUUCACUCCAGCUCUUCCGAUCCAAAACAAAGAAAGUCGGAAAAUUGAGGAGAAACACCACUAUUUCCCGCAGAUUUCCAAGAGCGAUGAUGUCAGAAGAAUUGAGCAUGACCAUCAAUACGUGCCACCUGUAAAUAAAAUCGAAGAUGAUCGUCACGUCGAGCCCAAGCACAAAUACGUCCCUGCAAUUCCCAGAACCGAAGACAUUCGCCAAAUUCAACAUGAGCACCAUUUCACUCCGCCGCAACCGAUUCAAACCAAAAACAACCGCAAAAUCGAGAAAAAUCACAAGUACAUGCCUGCCCUUCCGCUCAGAGAAGAAACAAGAAAGAUUCGUCAUGAGCACAAUUAUGUCCCGCCCUUGUCAAAAGUCAGUGACGAGCGUCACAUUGAGACCAAACACAAUUAUGUGCCAGCUCUCAACAAAACGGAAGACAUUCGCAAAAUUGAGCAUGGCCAUCACUUCACGCCUGCAGUGCCUCUACAGGUCAAGGAUCAACGUAAGGUCGAAGAAAAUCACUCCUUCCAACCUGCCAUUCCGAAAACUGAAGAUGUGAGGAACAUCGAGCACGACCACCACUAUGUUCCAAAAGUUGUGAAAAACAAAAGUGUUCGCAAAGUAGUGAGGGAGCAUCACUUCGUCCCUGAAAUUCUUGAAGUGGAUCAGAAGCAGCCAGUGACGACAAAACACAGUUAUGUUCCUCCAGUUCCGCCUUCGGACAAGGUUCCUCGAAUCGACCAUGAUCAUCAUUUUGUUCCAGCAAAGCCACUUCAACAAGAAGACCGUCGCCAUAUCGACCACAGCCAUCAGUUUGUUCCAGCUGUACCGAAAUCCGACGAUUCUAGAAGCAUUGUCAGAGAACAUCGCUAUGUCCCUCCAGUUGUCAAAACUGAAGACCCCCAAAAAGCUGAUUUGAAGCAUCAUUUUGUUCCGAACGUCUUCAAAUCUGAUGAGAGACACUCAAUCGAACGCCAUCACAACUACGUUCCCAAUGUCCCCAAGAAAGAUGAAACUUCCCAAAUCAAUCGUCAGCAUCAUUUUGUCCCUGACGUCAACGUCCCGAAAGAAAAUCGGUACACUGACCCUAACCAUCAGUACCUGCCUCAAAUUCCUCACAAAGAGGAAGAGGCGAAAGAAGUCGACAGAGGUCAUCACUACAUUCCGGCUGUGCCAAAGCUCCCCGAAGCCAAGCAAUUGGAAGCAAAAAAUUACUACGUUCCGACGGCUCCUGGCCACGACGACGCACGUUUCAUCAGAACUCAACAUCGUCGGAUUUCCAAAGACAAGCCGGACGUGAAUAUCGAAGCUGUGGCAGUGAACCAACGCGUCGUCAUAAAGAAGUCCGACAAAACUCGCUCUUCACUCAACGACAUCCAAUUCCGAGCUGCAGAAGUCAAAGUGACGACUCCUACUUACACUGGCCUGAACAGUGAAUUGGAAGCGAAACUCGCUCAACGCGCAUUGAGUCAGCCUUCUGAAGUGACGCCAAUUUGGCCGAAGCACAAAACUUCUCCGGACAUGACUCCAGUUUACACUAACAUUCCUCUUAAGCCACUCAGCAGCAUUCCGGAUGAGCCGGAGUACAUUCCUUCCAGCAAAUACGCUCGCGCCUCUUCCGACCUGGAUGAGAUCCCAGAAGAGCCAGCUCCAGUUCCGAAGCCUCGCGGCAUGACUUCCCCACAACCACGACCAGUUCCAGCUCAUUAACCUUUAGAUUUUCCGCAUUUAAUAAACUUUAUACUCAAUCAUUGUUUUUUUCUUCUAAUUCGAAGGGUUUUCCCAAAAACGUUUUUCUCGUAGCUUGUAUAAACUCGAAUCCCAUUUUCAGGCCGCUAACCGAGAACACCUGCAAAUCGGCAAAGGUGUUUCAAAGAGCGUUGAAGCUCACGCCGCGGAGCACCAUCAUCAUCAUCACCACCAUCACCAUCAUCAUCACGAAGAGCAGAAGCGCCAUGAAGAACAUCACCAUCGUGAACAUCACGAAGAACAUCAUCAUCAUGAACAUCACGAAGAACACCACCAUUCUGAGAAGCUGGUCGAGUACCGUCAUUCGAAUGUCGAUGAGGACCAUAUCCAUCCGGUCAAUGAACUUCUGAGCAAGUUUGGCGGAGGCGCCAAAGUCCGCCGUCACGAGUUUGAGGAUGAGCGACACAUUCACCGCGUAAGGAGAUUUAUUUUGAUUUUUUUAGCAUUUCUUGCACUUUGAUAAGUUUAAAAACUUCAGCCGGACGAAUUGAGCCGCACUUCUACUGUCACCAGCGCUACGACGACUCGCAGCAGCGUCGCUCCGAUUCAACGUGAGUAAUUCCAAAUCCUCUCAUUUCGUGAAAAUCAAAUAUUCAGGCGUUACUCCAACGAUUUCUCCAAGAUAUGGAGACCACAACUCGGUCCGCGUUGUCAAGAACGUCCGUCAGUUUGUCAACACUUGGGGCGACAAGGUAAAAUUGCAAUUUUCGAUGAGAAAAAACGUUUUUUUUGUCGGUUUUCAGAAUUUCGUUCCCCCUUCUUCUCCCGUGAUCACCGUUCCUCGUUUGUCCAAUUCGCCUCGCAGCCCUCUGCCAACCACUUUUGCCGCUCCUCAUCCUGCUGCUCGGUAUUUUUAGAUUCGGAAUGAGAAAAGCUUCAUUUUGAACAAAACAAAUAUUAUAUCAAUUCAAAUUUUUUGAAAAUUAGGCAAUAGAAAACACAUCGAAUUUGAUCAAGAGCCCUAUGAAAUGAGCCAUUCCCUCUGUCAUAACCUUCGCAAAAAGUUAUUAAAUUGUCAAAAAAACCUAUCAAACACAAUUCGAAGCACAAACGGCGCAUGAUAAAUAUGUGAACGUUUUUGAAACGUGCAUCCGACCCAAACAUACUUAAGCGCAGCUAAAAAUAAAGCAUGAAAAUUUUUCACUUUUUUUCUCAAAUAUUUUUUUCCAUUUUGAAUUUGAUCCGAUACGGCAAGGAACAACAAAAAAAUUCUACUAGUCUAAAUAAAUCCCUUGAGAACUUGGAUUGUAACUUUCAAAAAAAUAAACUUCUCGAAAUAUUUUUGUAUCCAACAUAAUAUCAAUUCAGACGUUCCACCGAAACAGCUCCGGUCGUUGUUGGAGGAGCCGUUGGAGGAAAAGUUGAGUCUCAUGAUCAUUCUCAUCAACAGACAAACGAGCAUAUUCAAAUGGUUUUUUCAUUUUCGAUUUCUUGAUUUUUUACCAAAAAAAAUUUCAGGGAUCACGCAAAUCGCACUCUGAGAAGGAACAUAACCAUCAUCAUCAUCACAAAGAUCACCACGUCGAAGUUGGAGGAAUCGGAGCUGUGAGUUCAAUUUUGUGAACAUGAAGAAUCGUCAGACGGUGAAACUUUUUGAAAAUUUGGAAAACGAAAUUGGUUGAAUUUUAUUAUUUAUUUCCUGAGAGCCUUAAGGUUCGAACAGCUUUGUUUUUCUGCUGAUUUAAAUUAGAAAAUCAAUUUAAUUUUUCCAAUUUUCAGCACACCGAAGUUCACACCCACACUACACAUGUCGAAUACACCAACGGAAAGGUAAACUUUUUUUCACUUGCCAACCUUUGGAGACUUGAAAAUGAUAACGCACAAAUUUUUAAGACUUCAAAAAUAAAUCAUUAAUAAGAAAUAUUGUGAAAAGGGCAAACUGAAGUAUAAUUUAGCAAUACUUCAUCAAAAAAAGAAUAAAAACUUCCCCGAAAAGUUAAAAAAAUUUUUUUAUGCGUUUUUUUCAGCAAACCCACUACGAAGAAAAACGACUCCUACGAGAUGAUUCCGGUUUCCCAGCGCCGCCAACUUUUCAACAAAUCUGCUCCAACUGUCCUUCCGCAAUACGCCGCCACCUACGCCAAUUGAUUUUUUUCACCAUUCUUUACAUUAUUUUUUUAUUUGUAACAUAAAAAAACAGAAAAAAACCACAAUUUUUUUAUGUAGCAGAAAAAGUAAUAUUACGGAUGCCCUUCCUGGUAGAUGUGUUAGACGUUGGCUUGACUUGUUGAUUAUGUGCUGAUUUUCUUAAUAAACUGUUUAUUGAACAAUUUCCAGUUUGUACUGCUUAUCGAAAACUUUCGCAUUCGAAAAACUCUGAACGAGACAAGACAUUUUUGAUACCCUAUGGCCAAAAGAAACUUGAAACCUUAUUGUAUAAUUCAAAAGGAAUUCAAAAAUGAAGGGAUUUUUUUGUUUUUCCAUCAUGCCUCAAAAUUUGAAUAAGUGAGUACCUGAAAGAUUUUCAAUCUUUAAACGCGAGACAAAGGAGUUAGAGAUGUAAAUAUGCGACACAAAGACAAAUCCUGUUUUUUUUUUCUAUUCUCCCCUGGCUUGAGAAACGAUUAUCAAGACAAAAAAUAAAUUUUCGUUUGCUUUCAACUCAAAACCAUACAAAUAAGCUAAUUUCCGCCAUUUUCUAUUCACGCAAGCAAAACAAGAAGCUGAAGACCAGGAAACGUUAUAACUCGGAGAGAAUAUGGAGAAACACGCAAUGGCGGCAAUUAUCGAUCGACGAGCCCCCUUUCUUUUUAUGGCAAACGAAUGCGUCACUCAACUACGUAGCUACCAAAUGCUUACUUAAAAUCCUCUUCGAAUUGAUCCAUAUUUGGAAUGAAAGCGGCGAAAGAUGAUGACAACGACGUCCUCCGAAAACAAGGAAGUUUUUUUACGGUUGAACUUCAAAAAAGUCAUUGCAGAAUUCUGAGCUCAAGCAGAGAGUUUCGUCAAAGACUGACACGAUUGUGAGGCUUGGACAGGAUUUGGAGCGAUGUGAAAAUGAGAAGAAUGAGCUGGCGGCUCGUGUGAAAACGCUCGAAAGAAAUUUGGAGCGUAGCGAGAGGGAAUUGUUUCUUGUUUCUGCGGUUUGUUAUUUUUUUUUGUAAAAAUAAUUUUUUUUUAAAGCUGAGAAACAAAGGUUGAAAUUUUCAGAGCGAGGAAGCCAUAAAGGAAAAAUACUUUUUCGAAAAGAAGGAAUUCGCUGAAAGGCUGGAAGCUGCAGAAAAGGAGCUGAAGCAUUUGCGAUUUUCCAAUAAAGAGCUUGAAGAGGAGAAAAAUGACCUCCGUAAGGACUGCAAGACGUUGCGACAAACAAUUGCAAGAUUCGAGGUAUUUCAAAUCGAUGUUUCACACUCCGGUCGAAUUGAUCUUUUUAGGUUGAGCGACUGACUUCAGUUGAGAGCUCCAGAAGAAGUUUGAGUAGCGAUACUGCGGAGGAAAAUUCGAUCGAGAUGUAUGAGAAAUUGAGAACCAAGGUUGGGAUUCAGAAUUUUCCCGUGAACAUUUUGAUUCAGUACAAACAAGUAGAUUCGGAUCUCCAAACCGUCCUCGGGGUCAAAGAAGAAUUAUUGAUUGAAAGAGAUGAGCUCCAGAGGAAAGUUCAAAGACUGAGCAAUGAAUUGUCAUAUCUUCUGAACGGAGAUCCAAGAAGGGUAAAUCGACAUUGUAGCUUCAUAAUUUUGAUUUUGAUCCUUUUUAAAGGUCGCCGAAGACAUAGAUUCUCUUGUAACCGAAAAUCGGUACCUCAAAGCUCAACUGAACACGACCCAAGCGGAAAGUGAAGACAUCAAAACGACGUUGGCCAAGUAUCGGUGCAUAGCCGAAUCUGUUCAAAUGCAAUCUCAGGUCUUGAAUAAAUUCUAUAAGUCUUUCUAUUCGAUAUUUUUUUCAGUCAACGACAUCUCCAAAACAAAAAAAGCGGGCACUGAGGGGGAUUUGGAAGAGAAAACCAGCGUCGCGGUUGUAAAUAUGAAGCAGAGUGAGUUUUUUUCUUCUUUUCUUUUUUUCUUUAUUUUUUUGAAGACACUGCAAAAAUAUUUUUUUGACUGUUCAGACAAAAAGCAGGAAUGAAUAGAAUUUUUAAAGAGUUUUUUCGCAGGUAAGGUGUUUUUUUGGAGGCCAGCUGAAAAUUUGAUAAAACUUCGCAAAAAAAUGCGUUUCGAGUCCUGUUGAUCACGACCAAAAGUUAAAAUUUUUUCGUUAGUUACAAAUUUUAAUAGUUUGAAACAGCCAAAAACUCUUUUCUUCUUCGAAUUGAUAGCUCAGAGCGUCCAAGAAUCUACAAGUUUAAAAAUGGCAAAGUCAAACUUAAUCUACAAGCGAACCUCAAGACAUAGCUUCCCAAAGUUUUCUCAAAUUUUCAACCGAAACCUUUUUUCUCCGCUCAUCGCGCAAAUCACAUAUAGUCGGAUGCAAAAAAAAAAUCCCAAAUUAUAAAGGCCAUAUUGAUUUUAUUAAUAUUCCAGUUCGUGAACUACUUGCUUCUCAUUCGAUUGAUCUGGACGAUUCUGAUUAUCGAGCGAUAACGACGAUUCUUCUAGACCUCUGCAACGACAAGCAAAUGGCAUUAAGCCAUAUCAGAAGGGCUAAUAAGUUAGUUUUUCUUUCUUUCUUGAAGAAAGUUGGCUGGAUUUCUUAUUUUUAGAGUCCUUGGCAGACGUCUCCAUGAAGUCGAAACCAAACUGCUGACGUUUGAAGUAAAAGGAUCGAAAAGUCCGAGUCCACGGCCCGAAAAUGAGCUUCUCGUUCCAUCGCCUUUGCACAAAACUGUGUCAAAAGGUGAAUAA